CAUCCAGAACAAAAAUGUUUUUGUUCCGGCGAAGUGCAAGAAAUUUUUACGCGAUGUGUUUAAAACUUUUAAAGAUAUUUUAAAAGCAUUAUCUCGUUGAUCUGUGUGUUGUGAUUCUUUCCUUGGAUAGGUCUCUACUGCAGUAACGGAAAUGUUGAGAUGUGUGAGCUAAAUACUUUCUUCGUGUGGUCGAUUCAAUAUUAAAGAAAGACAAUUCUUUGUAAAACGCAAGACGAUCGAGCUCCAAAUAAAUUCAAAUUUGACGCAACUUUGCUUUAAAAUGUUUGUCUUUGCAAAGAAUUGCCUAUCACCUAAAAACUUUGGCCUCCCGUCGUUCCUUUGUGCAGUGUUCCAGCUCUUUGUAUUGACUCUGGUUGCGAUAGGUCACUUGUUGAGAUACAAUGAAACUGGACCAUUUUCUCCCUUUACCAGCGAUAGUGGCCUAAUAACAAACACGAGAGAAGAUCGUGAGUCCUGCUUCCAACUUAAUAAAAAGGUCCGCGAUUCUUCAUUUCCAUCACUCGUCUUCUCUUUCCUUAGCGUCUCUUUUCCUCUUGGCAUCGCUGUCAUCUAUUCUGUAACUGUUAGUGGUCGUGUCAAUGAAAUAGAAGUUAAUCUAAAAGUUCAUAGAAAUAAGCAGAAUAAGACAACCGUUCAUGUUUUGUAUUUUUACCUCAUUCAUCUUGUUCAGCGAUCAUUUCUUGGAAUUUUAUUCACAGUAAUACAGUACGCUUACAUCCAUCCGAAAGAUUUUUCCUUCUGCUGUCAAUGUGUAACAGAUAAAGCAGCAAAUAGUAACACCAAAUCUGCAUUUAUCAGUAGCAUUUUCAAUAGAACAUGUAUGACUUAUAUAAACCCGAUGGAGUCUGUAGCAAAUCGAUAUGACGUAAACUUGUCAUUUAUCAACAUUAUUAUUGCUUUUGUUUUGAUUGGCGAAUUUGCUUACCUCUGGUGUCGAUUGAACAUGCCUCUUAACACUACUAAAUGGGUGGUCUGGGAUGACGAAAUAACCUUUGUCACAACUUAUUUUCUUCGAAAGGAAGACAUUGAAAUCCUAGUUAUUUACAAACAAAAAAUUUUGUCUCGAUCUUGUCCAGCUAAUGUUAACUACAUUCAAGAAAAGCAGUCUGGUAUUGACAACAUGGUUGUUGACUUUGUUAUACAUACCGAACCCUGUCCACGCAAGUUUGUUGAAGAUAGGCACGAAAUGUACGAUGUUCAUAUGAAAAUUUCCGAAGAGUUGAUUCGUCUGGACACUACCAAAGAUCUUUUUCUCCCAAACAAAGACACAAAAGAUAAAUAUCCUAGCAGAAUUUUAGCUAUUGGAAGAUCAGGUAUUGGAAAAACUGUUCUGGCUGAAAAAGUUCUACAUGAUUGGGCUGCUGGUGUAGAUGAUAUUUAUACUGAUAAAUUCGUCUUUCUUUUCAAACUUCGAUGGUUUCGCAGCAAAGAUGACAAGUGGAAAAAACUUUCUUUAAUGAAAUUUCUUCGAGUGGGAACGCUUUUGACGGACGCAGAAUUCAUGCUUGUUUACGAGAACAUUUGUUGCCAUAAAUUGAAACCAAUUUUAGUUUUUGAUGGUUUGCACGAGGUUGACGACAAACUUGAUAAGUUUGUUGAGGAAUCUUCUAUGCUGCCAAACGAUUCCAACGCAUCGAUAUCAGCUUUAUGCUGGUUUGUCAAACUUGUUGCUGGAGAAGCUGUGAUGCAAUCCGGAGAGCCGUUCGUUUCAACCGUGCUAGUAACAAGCAGACCAACAGUGAAAAGCUUUCAUAAGAAGUUUUCUUUUGACCGAAACAUUGAAGUAAUUGGCUUAACACUCCAGAAAAUGGAGAAUUGCGUAAUUAGAUUUUGCCAGGGCAAAAACAAGCCAAACAAAAAGAAAGUAAUUUGGAACACCAUCAGCUCUUCUUCUGAACUGUCAAGUUUGUGUUACAUUCCUGUGAACUGUCAUAUUGUUUGUGUGACUCUUUCUGGCUGCAUCACAGACUCCAAACAAGCUAAUCCUGAUCUACCAAAUACUUUAGCUCAAUUAUACCAAAAGAGUUUGUAUUAUUUUGAAAAUCAUGAGCGGGAUGUGAAUGUUAGUCCUAUGACUAACGAAGAACUUACAAAGUUGCAAAAAUUGGCUUUUCAUCUUAUGGAAGACAAAAAACUCAUAAUAGACGAAUCUGAUCUUGAUGAAACCUUAAACAGGUCUCAUUUUUUGAAUAGAUUCCUGAAUCCUCAUUUGUCCUUCAAAGCACAAUUUUCCUUUGUUCACGGGACAAUUCAGGAGUUCCUUGCCGCAAAACACGUGACGGAGACUUUCGUUUUCGAUGAAAUAAAAGAAUUUAUUUCAAAGCGCGUUCGUAUGUGCCGUUGGCAUCUCGUUAUAAAGUUCAUUUUCGGACUUCUAGGAAUAAAAUAUGAGAUGAUGAAUUAUUCCAAGAAAUGUAUUUAUUCGUUAGUCACGAAUUGGCUUCAUCUCAAUGGUGAUGAUAAACAAAUUCUGCAACUCACUUACAACAAUGUCUUCGCUUUGAGCUGUUUGAAAGAAGUUGGCAGUGUUGAAAUUAUCAAAGAAAUUUGUGAAAACACGGAUUUGGAUGGUGUUCAAGAAAUGAUAUCAGGAUAUGAAAAUCUAACUGAAAGUGACUGGGUAGCAAUAGCAUUCGUCUGCAGGUACAUGAAGAAUUUGACAAGACUUUGUCUACGCCAUACGACAACGAAUUCCUUUUUGCUAUUUCGAGUAAAGUCCUUUGUUGAAUUACACAUUUUUCAAAAUACAUUCAGCGAUGAAAAAUUAGAAUUAGACCAGGUGUUUGAAGUUUUAAAUGAGCCACAUUACCCGACACUUCCAAGCUAUGAUUACGCAAGAUUAACGUUUUGGAGCUGUAUGGUUUCAAUGUUCAAGGGCCAACACUACACAUGGAAGCUUUUUUUCAAAACAGAAAAGCAAACAACUUGAAGAAACUUAGUCUUUCGUUGAUUACAGGAAAUGUGUCUCACGUAUGUGUUGCAAUUGAAAAAGGAUGUUGUGAAGAACUUACGGAGAUAAAGAUCACUUUUUCACACCUUUCUGAAGGACCAGCUUAUUUUUCUGAAAAUGUUUUACGAAGCAAUCGUGAACUGAAGUCAUUGGUUCUGUCCAGUUGCUCGUUGUCAUUGAAAUGUACGACUCAACUUUGCGAUACCUUGCGUGAUAAACAUUGCAAUUUAGUUAGUUUGGUGCUUAAUGAAAUUUCCUUGGUCGGUGAGUCUGCUGGAUUGUUAUUUGAGGCCAUUGCUAGUGAAGAUUGUAAAUUGAAAGUGUUAAAUCUUGAUGGUUGUUCUUUAACUCACGAAUGCAUUCCAAGGUUACGCGAUGCAUUGAUGAAUGAACACUGUAAUUUGAGACAGCUGUCGUUAUCAGAGAAUGCUUUAGGUAAUGAAGGUGCUAUUUUGUUGUUUGAAGCUCUUGUGUGUGAAAACUGUAAGCUCAAAGUGUUAAAACUUGAUUAUUGUUCAAUAACUCAAAAAUGCAUUCCAAGGUUUUGCACUUCAUUGUCUAACGAACAUUGUCCAUUGCGUGAGCUAACAUUGUCUAAAGGUGAGAUAGGCGAUGAAGGGGCUGGUUUGCUGUCUUACGCCCUUAAAGGUAAACAUUGUAAGUUGUUUCUUUGAUGAUCCACGUGGACACACUCUGUGCAAAAUUUGCUGAGGUUUUAUCAAGUAAAGACGUAAAAACGAGUCAAUGAUGAACGAAGUUUCAUCUUUAAAGGAAAAAUAUAUUUUUCACAUUAGAAUGGAUAUUCUUGUAAACAUAGAACACACUUUAAGUGGAAGUAGCUAUUAAUUUAUUGCAUAAAACUUAUGUAUGUUAGCAUCUGUCUUUUGCAUGCUUUGUCAACGCUUAACAUCUCACAUGGCAAAUAAUGAACAGUUGAAGUUGAUUCUCUUUUAUUAAUAAAACAUUGUUGAAUAUAGGUGAUGUAACUAGCCAAUAACAAUUCACAAUAAUUAACCACGUUUUGCAAUAAAAGUAUCACGAAGAAUCA